AAGCCGAGUGUGUAUAUACGGCUAUUGAGUGAAAAGUUAAAGCGAGUUGAGUUGCCCGAGCCUAUAGCCAGGCGAACACGUCCAAUUUGAUCUUAAGCGGAGAUGCUUAUUUAGUGGACCGGUCAAUUUCUUCUUUGCCGAGCCAGGCUUUCUUCCGCUUAUUUCCUGCGAGCCAAAGCAGAGAAUUACACGUGUUGGCAGAUAAAGCUUGGGUUGCAAGAGACAUUCACUGUACUCAUACACACGUGCUGGUUUAGGAAGAAAAAAGUUGAACUGAGUUGAAUGAAUGCAACACCAAUGCAUGAUACUGAGAAAGUGCAUUUAUGGUAAUUACCAUCACUGUUUGUCAAACCAGAGAUGGCAAAGGAAGAUGAUGCAUUGGCUGCUUUGCAUGCUCAUUUCGCAUCUUCAUUUGAUUCAGCUCCAAUCAAACCUAUCAAUUCAACUCCAAAGGUGAAUAAGAGUAAGACCGACAAGAAAGCAGAAGUGGAGAAGGUCGUCAAGGCAAAGACAAAAGAUGAUCUACUAGAACGUGAGCUUGGAUUUGAUGGUAGCCAUUUGAACAAAGGCAAAGCAAAAGCUGAGAAUGAGCUGAAGCCGGUGAAAGCAUCCAAGACUAAGCCACAAUCGACUAGGCCUCCACCUGAAACAGUCGUAUUUGGAGAAUCAUCAAGCGGAACUUCAAUUCCAAAUCAAGGAGGAUGGAGAAAGUUCAUGUCUUCCAAGGUAGAAACACGGAAGGACAAGUUGGAAGAAGAGGCAAACAAGGCAGCAGCCGAGAAACAGAAGAAGAAGAACAAGUCCAGCUCGGGGGAUGGAGCAGGGGAUGAAGAAGAUGCAGAAAAGGAAAAAGAGAUGAUGACAAACGAUAGAGCAUUAUCGGACUUGCUCUCUACAACAUUAUUUGCACCUCAAUCAGAGGGGAUCAAAAAAGCAAACGGAAAACCAAAUCUCUCCUCGAAUUCAACACUCUCUCGGCUAAUGGAAUUAAGUAAGCCAACGUUGACCGACCAAGCCAAAUCUGUCGGGAGAGGAUUGGGAUCGUCCAUGUUCAAAGCCAAAGAGAUGGGAAAGAUGCCUGCUUCAAUGAGACAUGGCUUACGAAAAGCUGAAUUACAGAAACAAGCAGAUCAAUUGGAGAAGGCCAAAGAGCUUGGAAUAUACCAUCAAUCCAUUAAAGGUUUAAUUGGCAAAGGUGCAGAUGGUUCGGAUUUGGUUCUGGGAACGAAAAAGAAAGAUCAUAAAGCACGAACCCGAGAUAAGGGUCUAUCGAUGGGAGUGGGCAGAUUUGCCGGUGGUACACUGAAACUCUCAAAGGAAGAAGUUGCCAGGAUAAACAAACCAACCUCAUCUGGUAGAGGUGCAGGUGGGAAACGAAAGCGGUCAUAGAUCGAUGUACGAUAUCACUACUGUAUUUAUCAAUUAUACCCUUUUCA